ACUUUACACCUCUGCCACAGGCCCACAAGUAGCAGGGGAAAAAAAUAGCCACACAAGUCUCAAAACCCGUAAAUUCUUCGUCUCUCGGUUUCAUCUAGUUUUCCCUCUGUUCUUCUUCCGCCACAGUUGAUCUGUCUCGAACCUUUGUGACCAAGGUUGAGAAACGCUCACUGGUGGGCUAUGAGUUUGAGAUAUGGCAGUGUGGUCUUGGUUGCUUUAGUGCUUCUGCCACACAUGGCUUCUGCUGCUUCAAUUGUGAAGAACCUACCGGGUUACAAGGGUGAUCUUCCAUUCAAACUUGAAACUGGGUACAUAGGAGUGGGAGAAGAAGAAGAGGUGCAAAUAUUUCACUUAUUUGUGGAGUCUCAGAGAAAUCCAUUCAUUGAUCCACUGUUAAUUUGGUUUGUUGGAGGUCCUGGUUGCUCUGCCCUAUCAGCGUUCUUUUUUGAAAAUGGGCCUUUAGUAAUGAAUGAGAAUUACAAUGGAAACCUUCCAAAACUUGAGUUGAACCCAUAUUCAUGGACACACACGUUGAAUAUGAUAUACAUAGACAUGCCAGUAGGCACAGGAUUUUCAUACUCAGAAACGCAAGAAGGCUAUUACAGUAGUGACAUACUCUGGGUGAAGCAUACUUACGAAUUUCUACAGAAGUGGUUUAUUGAUCAUCCAAAGUUUAGCUCAAAUCCUUUUUACAUUGGUGGUGGCUCAUAUUCAGGAAUGAUCACUGGUCCUCUUGUUCAACAAGUAUAUGAAGGAUACAAAGCAAGACGCAAGCCACUCAUGAACAUCAAAGGUUAUGUACUCGCGAGCCCAGCUGUUGACGGGUUUCGAGAGCAGAACAUGAAAGUUUUAUAUGCAUACCAAAGGAGUCUUAUACCAGAAGCGCUCUACAAGUCAAUGAAAGAAAAUUGUAACGGGGAUUAUAUAAACAUUGAUCCAGAAAACACAAAGUGUGUCUCAGAUUAUAGUGUUUAUGUUGAGCUUGUUCGUUACAUAAACGAACAACAAAUUAUGGAACCUCUUUGUAUUACUACGCCUGGCGUGAAUCGAGAAAUCCUACAAGAAGUUCAAGAUCCUCCAACAUUUUGGUGUAGAAGCUAUUAUCAUAUCCUUGUUGACACAUGGGCAAAUGAUGAAAAUGUGCGGAAGGCCCUUCAUGUAAGAGAGGGAACUAAAGAGGAAUUCCUGAGAUGCAACAGAACCAUGGCAUACACCACAACUCGGCUAAACACAGUAGAAUUUUAUCGGAAUCUCACUAAUGCCAAUCUCGAAGCUCUCGUUUACUGUGCUGAUCUUGAUAUGAAUGUACCACACCUGGGUACACAAUAUUGGAUCAAUUCAUUCAACACGAGCAUACGUGACAAAUGGCGUGCAUGGUUUGUUGACGGUCAAGUGGCUGGAUACACAGAAGUCCACAAAACGAAAGAAGACCACUACUUAACAUAUGUGAUCGUGAAGGGCGCUGGACAUGUGGCCCAGACAUUUAAACCCAAGGAAGUUUAUCAUUUGAUCAAUAGAUGGUUUUCAUUUUCUCUUAUUUAAGAUGACGCUUCAACUUCAUGGAGCAUCUCUAUUUAUCUAUUCACAAGAUAAUAUUAAGUUAAUUUUUGCUAUAGCUCUCUCAAAUUGAGACCUGGAAAUAACAUGGUGACAUCUCAGUUUAAUUAUUUAAUUGAUUUAACUCUAUCACGACAACAAUUUGUCAAAAAUGCUCUAUUUUAGUUGAAUUUUUCACUUUCGCUC